AUGAAUGCUAACAAAGGGAAGAAGCCAGCAAAGUCAGCACCCACAGCUGCAAAAGCAGCACCGGCACCCAAGUCAGCGAAGACAGCUUCGUCUGCCCCUGUGACUGCAGCAGCUGCAAAGGCGGCACCCCCUUCCAAAGUGAGUGGGAAAUCCAGCAAGGAGUCGGAGACCUCAGUCAAAGAUGGGAAGCGGUGCCCCAAAGUUCCUGAAAGUACACCAGAGGUUGUUCAAUCCCCGGCGCCACCAGUGUCCAAGCGUCAGAGGGGUAAGCAGCCAGACCCAGACCCUAACUCUCAAAUCGACUCUUUGAAGCAGGCAAAUGCCAAGAUGCAAGCUCAGCUUGACCUGAUGGCAAAAGAAAUGGAAAAGGCUAAGAAAGUUCAGAAGAGCUCCCCUGGUACGAGUUCCACUACUGCCACUCCAAGUGCAAAGCACCCAGGUCCAUCCCCGGCCUCGGCUAAGCCACGUGCUUCGUCCAAGGUUGCUCCUCCUGACGCACCAGGGUCGGACAGCGACAACGAGGAGCUGACCCAAGGUGCAAAAUUGGGCCGGCUGAGUCGACUGUGCGAGCGAAAGCCAAGUGGCAAGUUACACGUCCCACUUGAAGUACAUGAGAAAUGGCUCCAGAAGGGCCGUGCUAGGGAUGAACUCUUGGAACAACUUGAAGCAAGUGACUGGAAUCCGGAUGCAUUCGUGAAGAAAGUCACCAAGGUCCAUGAGACUACCGCCAAGAAAAAAUCAACCAAUAGAAGAGGAUGGUAUACCAAAGAAGCUAUGGAGAAAAAACUUCAAUGGAGCAAGUCAUACAUCGCAGGCGUUGUCAAGUACUGCGAGAAGGAAGGGAACGAACACCUAUGGAAGAAAGACAAGUACAAUAAGAAGAUUCGAAAAUACUAUGUGGAGACUGCUGAGUCCGAUGAGUCGUGCGGUGAAGAUGUUGAAACUUUGAAGGAAACGGAAGAGCUUGAGGCUGACAGUCCAGUGCGAUUCCAAAGGUUGCAAGGAAAGUCAAAGGCCUUGGCAGAGUUGCCAUCCCAUGGUGAAGAAAGUGAGUCUGAGGAAGAAGAUGCCAAGGGUAAGUCUGUGCAGGCCAACGGUGGCCCACAGGAGUACAAAAACAUGAAGAAACUUGGUGAUUCCCUGUUGGCCCGUUCGGCCAAAGUCACUGACCUGAUGUCAAAGUUGGAAAGUCAUGUCCAAGAAAAGCCGGAGGGAUCCAUGGAGAAGAAACGUGUUACCAGGCCAGGGGUUGAAACAACCAACACAGAACCAUAG